CUUCCAUUUAUUCCAUGACCUAUGCGACAUCACAUUAAGACGUUGGGCUUAAAUUAAUUGAGCGUGCACCGAUGAUGCGUGGAACAACCAGACGCCGACGGAGUUGGACUCAGUAGAUCGUUCUGCGAUUCCAGAUCCUCCAUCGAUCCUGGUUACCACCGGCCCUCAUUCCAUCCCGUAUUCUCUUCCGCUUCUCUCUCCUCUUUAACAUUCUUCUCCCCUCACGACCUAGCUCAUCCCUUUCUCGUCUGCACCGCCACUGUACCCUGUCCACUACGCAUGACCCCUUCCUCCCCAACAGAGGACGGUACAGCCACCAGCAACAGCCCUUCUCAGCAACUUUCUCGCCUCCCUGCUGGCGUUACUUCUAACCCCUCCGCCCAAAAUGAUGUGACCAACGUCUCCACUGUCGACCGGCCAGCAAGGAUUACCAUUCCUCCGCGGCAACCGGCCCUCACAGCCAUGCAAGACGUUUCCAACCAGUUGACACAGUCUCCAACCUCGCUACAGCCCUCCUCACCAAACACACCCGCAUCCACAAGUGACCUGCCCGAUGGCCCUACCAGAUCGCAAUCGAAUCCGACAGCUGGGCCUCUGAGAAGCCAACUGCAGGCCAGUCAGACCUUUGCAGAGGGCAUGACUGGCAGCAUCCAAUCCCUUCGCAGAAAGGCCUUUGAACGCAUACACCCCAAGACAGACAUCAAACAAUCUACACCAGGACCGUCGUCAGCAGCAGCGGCAGCCACUGCAACUGCAACAGGGGUCGCCCGUCCGAUCAUGCCACGCUCUCGCCCUAGCAUGACACAGUUCAAAGUCAGGGAUCAGCCUAGCAAGAUGAUCAUUCCGCCACCAUAUGGACAGGAGAGGGUGCAGGCGGCGGCCAAGGCAUUGGCUGCAGGUAUCCCUGACGGUAUCCCACGAUCUAGCACAAUGCAUGCUCCAGAAACAAGGCCUCACUCGGACUCUGAAUCAGCAACGUCGGACGAGGAACUUGAGGUGCGCGUUCACUUUGAGAUCCAUCUUCAAGAAGGUGUAGAAAGUGAACCAAUCUGUCCGCUGAGCGAGAAGAACUUGACUACGCUGUGCGAGGAGCUGGAUCUCAACGCACAGGAGCGCGCAGAGGUGAAGGCGAUCCAGACGACGGAGGGAUUGGCAGAUUAUUUCGAUAAAAUCCAUCGUAACUAUGAUGUCCAAAUCAUCGUCUCGGACAACACUCCAGAAUCACCAGGAGUGACAUUUGCUCAGGAUCAACACCUACUUAAUGGCGAGUCGAUGGCUGUGGUCAGGAGAGAAUCUGUAUUGUCAUUGGACAGGGAGAAAAAGACUCGCCGUCGGAAGGAAAAAUACAAGCGACCUACAACAGAUCUAUCCACAAUACCUAUCGAAGACUCAAAAGCAAGCUGGUUAGAGUUGUUCUAUGAUCUUCUAUUCGUCGCCAACUUGACCGACUUUACUCACAACCAUCCUAUCACGGGAGGCCCUGCACUCGGCCAUUAUAUUGGUUGGUUCGUGAUUAUGUGGUGGUCUUGGGCGGGACAAACCUUCUGGGCUGCGAGAUACGACAUGGAUGAUCUGUUCACGAAGGUCUGGAAACUAGUGGAGUUCUGUGCCCUGGUUUCAUUUGGCGCAUUUUCGUCCGAUCACCUCGGCCGUACGUCAACCGGAUUUAUCGCCAGUUACAUUGUCCUCAAAGGUGUUCUAGUCAUUGAAUAUGGAAAUGUUCUCUUUUGGGCACGAAAAAAUCGUUCCGCAAAGUCGUUGACGCCGCUAUUGCUGCAAAUUGGGAGCAAUAUGCUAGCCAUGCUGAUAUGGGGUCUAUCAAUCCUGGUCCACAGCAUAGCCUGGCGCUAUACUAUGUGGUAUAUCACAAUCAUUGUCGAGGUGGGAGUACUGGUGUCGUUUGGACGAAGGACAUCUGUCACGUUUGCUGGGAGCCAUCUGCCCGAACGUUUCGCCCUAUUCACCAUCCUUGUCUUGGGAGAGAAUAUCAUCGGGUUGGUUGGACUGAGCUCAGGCGCAAGCGCAUGGGUGGCAGGGCAGGACACAUUCCUGCUUCUGUUCUUUUUGACAGUGGUAAUCCUGUACGCGUUGUGGUGGCUUUACUUUGAUGAUUUUUCUGAAGAUAUCUUUCAUAAAACAACGAUGCUAUCACAAUUUUGGGCAUAUUUGCAUCUACCGUUUCAUGUGUGCAUAGUCUUGGUCGGAACCGGCGCCCUGGAUUUGAUCCGCCUCUACAAACUAGAGCACCACAUCACGGAUCUCAUCACGGAGCCCUCACACAUGACCUCGUCAUCGUUGACAAGCCUGGACCAGCUGAGCAGACACGCUGCCCUGGGAUUUGAGACUCCCUUAGGAAGAGUCAAGAGUGCGGUUUCUGGCGGCGGAUUAGAAGCGGGGCGAGACACGGAUUAUAAUCUCACGAAGCAAUACUUUCUUGUUGCAUGCAGCCUUGUGUUCUUAUUCAGCUCGCUCAUCAAGUGGAUCAAUUUACGGUCGUAUGACAAAUUCCAGAAGAUUGUAUAUCUAUCCAGAUUCCUGAAUUCGGCGCUCAUCCUAUGUUUGAUUGCGGUACCCUUGGAGCAGAUGACGCCGUUUGCGCUACUGGGGAUCAUGGCGUUUUUCUGCUGUUUACAAGUCGCUGUGGAUCUGGCGGUAAUUUAUUUCGGCGCGUAUGGAUUCAUAGAGGACUUGGAAGCCUGGGCCAGGAGUGCACGGUCGAGCGUCGAUUUGGGAAGCUUCUUACCCUCGCCCCUAGGAGGUCGCUCCCGUGGCAACUCGCGCGCGAAUUCUAGAGCGGGAUCGGUGGUCAAUCUGAGUAGCCUUGCAAUAGGGGCCAAGCGCCACCCGCAUAGCAACAGUGCGGUCAAUCUGGUUAAUCCCAGCGGCGGCAGUCAGCAUCUGCACCAGCAGUCGAAUACCAGUCCAACAUCGUACUUUCCACAGCAGAAGCAGCCGCCGUAUCAUAACAAUCAGCAGCACCUUUCAUUGCGACGACAGACCUCGAGGCUGAGCCAGCAGCAGCAACAGGAAAUAUAUAAUAUGCAUGUCAACGCUAACAGUUUGGGAGCCUCGGGAGCUUAUGGAAAUUUGGCGCAGGCAUUGGCGGAGAUCAAGAAGCGGGAGCAAAUGAACCAGUCCUCGGGCGAUGUGUCUUUGCCUAGACGGCAAAUGUCGCUUAGUGCAGCAGAGCAGGGGAUGGCAGGCAUUCAUCAUAUCACUCAAAACUCGAUUUCACUCAAGCGGCCGGGUACAGGCAGUAGUGGUCAAGCGAACGCAGCCAUCCCGACAGCACAGCAAUAUAGCGGGUCGUCUUCAGCUAACUACAGAUCGCCCACCAUGGCGCAGACGCAAUCAGGACGGGACAAAACUACGGCCUCUGGAUCUCCACCUGUUGGUGCGGUUGGAUUAGCAAAUCUUUUCGAUCAGCCACCACCUUUUUCACCAAGAUCACCGCCCAAGUAGGCAUGUUUUCAAGAUGUUCACUCAUAUUACUUCCCUCUUAGAUAUCAUCAUAAAAUAAAUCGUAGUGAGAUCAUUCAAAG